AAGAUACACUUGUGUCGUGUUACCUACUGCUACUGCAGUUGCCGGUACUUGUGUUGUAAGAUUAAAGUGUAUGUAAUCACUUAUCAGUAAUCAGUUGACUGCAGAACCAGUGAGUAAAGGUCUGCUGAUAAUCAAAGGAGCUGCCGAAACUCCUGCCGUCAUGUCUUGGGUUGUUAAAGCUGUAAACAGGACUCAUACGGAUUUUUCCUCAGAGACAAACAAAGAAUGGAAAGAGCCUUUCUUUUUCGUCCAAGGUGCGGACACUCAGUUUGGAAUGUUUGCUGAUUUCACUGAAGUAACCACAGAACCAAAAUGGGCAAAGGAAAUCGAACUUGCAGAACUUGCUGUGAAAAAGGUCAAUGAAAUGAGACCAAAACCAAAGUUUUAUGUUAUAUGUGGAGACCUUUGCCAUGACUAUUAUGAUAAAGAACCAGAUGUGAGGGCAGCGCAAGACGCAGAUUUCAAGAAAGUGUACAGCAAAUUAGAUCCUACAAUUCCUCUGGUGUGCGUUUGUGGGAAUCAUGACGUGGGAGACAAUCCAACUUACGAAUCUGUUCGCAAAUACACUUCCAACUAUGGUGAUGACUACUUCUCAUUCCAUGCUGGAGGUGUGUUCUUCAUUUGUAUCAACUCUCAGUUCUACCAUGGCGCCACAAACACUCCCGAUCUCGUCCAGGCGCAGGAUGAAUGGUUGGAUCGCCAACUGGCAGUUGCCAAACAAUCAGAGAUUCCGAGUAUAAUGUUUCAACACGUCCCUUGGUUUGCCAGUGACCCUGACAAAACUGAGCGGAACUACUUUGAGAUUGACCAUGACAUUCGGAAAAGGAUGCUGGACAAAAUACUAGCUGCAGGUGUGAAGUACGUGUUCUGUGGCCACCUCCACUACAACGCAGGAGGCAAGUACAAACAGCUGGAGUGUGUUGUGACGUCUGCUACUGGCUAUCAGCUGGGCAGUGACACUCACGGACUACGAGUGGUUAAGGUGUACAGAGAUAAGGUGGAGCACAAGUACUACCCACUGGCAGACCUACCAGCCGAAGUCAGUCUGUAACAAACCAAGUGUCUGCUGGACAAACAUUUAUGGUUGAUGAUGAUAGUGUUAUGACUUUAGUAUAGGAUAGGUACCUUUUUUCGUCAUUAUCUAUUAUAAGAUGACUAAUUUCAAUUGCUGACUUCAAAACCACAUGUUCUUGCUUUGACACCAAGCUAAAUUUUGAACCAAAAUGCAAUUUUUAUUGGGAUAACCGUUAAUGAAGGCAUUUAACAAAAGACUGAAGUUAAAUAGUAACAGGACUAGGUUUGGACUCCCUUACAAAAAACUGUGGCACUGGAGUUUGACAUGUUAACCUUAUGAUUUUUCAAAUUUUAAAGGAACUGGCUGUUACCCACAGGCUUCACCCCGUUUGACUUCAUGUAUUAAUAAAAUUAUUGGUUGGUUAAGUCAAGGCCCCACUAUAAAAAGCAGGCCAUGCUGCAGGAUCCAUGACGUCUCACUAGUGGAUAGAUUUCAUUGAUAAAUUCAUUGCCAUCACCAUCCCCAUAUGUUUUAGGUAAAUAAACAAGCUGGCUGUUUGUAAGAUUUUAAUGGUAAGAGUUUAGUACAACUAUCCACCACUGUGACGUAGUGUUGCGCUACCCGCGCUGCAGCAUGGCCUGUUUUUUCUAGUGGGGCCUUGGUUAAGUUAAGUUAAAAUAAACAAAACAGUAAUACAAACAAAUAAUCACACCUGAUUUUAAUAAGAUAAUUAAUUGAAAGAAUAACAAACAAAUAAAUACAGCUGAGGUAUUUUUAACAUUAGGUAUAUGGAAAUUUCUCUUUAGAAAAGGAAUUACGACCUUAAAGGGCAAUUUAUAAAAUAAUGGAUAUAGUUUUGCCCAAGGUUUCUCGUAAUGACGAACAUUUUAAGUACCUAUAUGGUUUAUGGGGGUGUGACUUUUAGUUUUCUAAAAAAUUCAUGAGUACUUUGGGAUUUACAUAUGCAUAAAUGAUUCUUAACAGCUGUUUCAAUUAAACAAGUAGGUUCUAUGAUGUUCAAUAGCAUUAUAAAGUUGCAAGGUUUACCAACAGGGUGCAGCAGUAUUAACUUUUUCUUUUUGUUUAAAUUUAUGAUAACAGCUAAUUUGAAUAAAGCAGCAACCAAAAGCUUGUGUUACACAAUGAGAACUAAAUACUAAAUUGUUGUGGUAUUGUGCGAAUAGGGUAAUUUUAUUUUUAAGUGCAUAAUUCAUCAACUUAUUGACUUAAUUUUUUCCCCCAAAUUUGUAUAAAAAAGUUGUUUCUGUUUUCCCCAAACAUAAUGUUUGGGAAACGUAGUAGUGUGUUAAUAAUUGAUUUUUGUUUAUUCCAAUUUUUAAUCAAACCAAACUAUGCUUUAAUUGAAGAAAAUAUUGGCUACAGAUGGUCCAUAUAAAUGGAAUGUCUUCUUCACUUACGCAAAAGUCAAUGAUGAUAGCCUCAUUUUCAAAUCUAACUAGUCAAAAUUUAAAAAAAUCACAUAUCGCAAAAACAACAUCCAAACAAAAGUGAUAUAGGCCUAAUCAUUAAAUUAAAAUAAAUAUUUGGUUCAGACAUUGAACUGAAACUCCAAUCACUCUAGAUUUGAAAAUAGUUCCGUAACUCACCAAAACUAGUCAUCUAUUAAUCAAUAGUGGAUUAUGACGACAAAAGGUUCGUGAUCUAUAUUAUAGCUAUUAUGUUUUCAACCCUGAAGGCUGAAAUAGUGUUUAAGAUUAUGGGGGUUAGCUAGCUUAUCCCAGAAAUUAGAGCUAUAAUUCCUGUAUAUAGGUUUUUGUUGGUACAACCAGUGCUUUCAAGCUUUUUUCCACCCAACUAUUAUAAAGUUGAUUAGACCAACUAUUUGUUAAAACCAAGUUGUUACAUAACCAAACUUUAAAUUUUUUUACAAUUUAAAUAUAAUUAUUUUAAAAUUUAAUAUGCAUUAAAAGCUUCCUGCAAAUGUUGACUAGUAACUGAGUUAACACGUUCGCGGCGGCACGUCAAAUGGCGGGCGUAUCUCCAGUGCGGUGCAGCCCGCAGCGUCAAACAAACCCGAUUGCCGCGUGUGACUGGCUUUCCAAUUUCGGUCUGACGAAUAGCAAAUAACGUGCGAGGAUGUCCUGCUUUAAGACGAGAGUCGACGUAGUUUGCUAAACACUCACAGAUAGCAGCACUGCUUGGAACAUAGCCGGUCCCAUUGGAAUUGUAUUGCCAAAUGGAGGGGAAAAGGCGGGACAAAAAGUAGAUUUUUGAGAUUGCCAGAGGGGGAUUUUCGGGAAAAUUUACUACCAACCUACACCACAACAAAAUACAGUAUACUAUUGAGCAGUGCUGUGCGAGGUUUCAAGUUUCUAGCUCUAAUCCUGGCUUAAAAAUAAAUCAUUUCGUACUGCAUUGCAGCUUGGAAGCGGACGCACCCACCAGGAUGGCAUUAGGGUUCCGUGUGGGAGCGAUCGCUCCCAUGCCGCCACGAACGUGUUCUGGUUUUUAGUCUCCAAAGUACUUUUAAAUUGAAUCUAAAUAACUUAGCUUG